AUGGUUCCAACUUUCUUGGAACGUGAGGGUUCAAUGAGCUUCAGUGCAUGUCCUCAACGUAUAGCGAGGCGAGGAAAUUAUGGUGCAUUCUUGAUAGAUAAUCUUCCUUUGGUGAAAUCACCUGUUGAAAAGUUAGCUCAGAAUCUUAAUGUUCCUGUCUCCUGUAAGAUCCGGAUUUCCCAAACCUUCAAGAUAUACGCCAAGAUGCUAGAAGAUGCUGGUUGCUCGCUGCUAGCUGUUCACGGCCGAACAAGGGAUGAGAAGCCAUCAAAGGAAGUGAAAGACGCUUUGAGGAUCCCUGUUCUAGCGAAUGGGAAUGUAAGAUGUAUCGAAGAUGUUGAUAACUGCAUUGAAGAGACGGGUGUUGAAGGUGUUCUUUCCGCUGAGACGCUUCUUGAAAACCCGGCGGUCUUUGAUACUCAGAAGCUGAUUCUGUCUGGACUUUUUUGUUGUCGUCAGUGCUUGCAUGUUGUGUUUCUAUUCAUAUGUCCAAAGAAAUUGAAACCAUCUGCUAGUCCUUCAUACUGA